CCGCCCAGCCGGCGCCGCCCGCGCUGCCACACGCACCCACUCCCGCACACGCCCGCGGGUGCCCGUGGCCUCUGCAGGGGAAGGAACUGAUCAAAAUCCAAGUAGAAGGUAAAUUUUGGAAUAAGAAGAAACCUGUGUAUGCUGAAAAGAAAUCACAGAAGGAUUGUUGAGAAGAAUCUAGAGUUCAAGUUCUGGUCACAUGGUGCGGGAGAUGAAUAUUUCUAACUCAGAUUGAAAAGGAAAUCCACACAUAAAGGAUAUUCAAGGUAGGAAAAUGACUCGCCCGGCACAGGAGCAGGAGUUAUGAGCCAUGUCUCAGUGAGACCUGAGGAAUUAAGAUCAAAUGCCUGGAGAAGUCCAGUUGCACAGAGCAGCGCCACAGCUCUUGUGAAGUGUGGAUAUCGACGCCUCUCAGACUUGCUUCUCUGGCCCCAAGCACUCUGCCAGCAUUUCCUGCUCCACGAAUGGCUACUCAGAGGAAGCACUUGGUGAAAGAUUUCAAUCCUCAUAUCACCUGCUAUAUCUGUAAAGGCUAUCUCAUCAAGCCAACUACAGUAACGGAGUGCCUCCAUACCUUUUGUAAGACUUGUAUCGUUCAACACUUUGAAGACAGCAAUGACUGUCCCAGGUGUGGCAACCAAGUGCAUGAGACCAAUCCACUAGAAAUGUUAAGGCUGGAUAACACCUUAGAGGAAAUUAUAUUUAAGUUGGUGCCUGGACUUCGAGAACAGGAACUGCAGCGAGAGAUCGAAUUUUGGAAGAAAAACAAACCUCAAGAAAAUGGACAAGAUGAAAGUCCAAAAGCUGAUAAACCCAAAGAAGAUGAGGAGUGUGAUGAAAAUGAAGAAGAUAAAGACUAUCACAGGAGUGACCCACAGAUUGCAAUCUGCCUCGACUGUUUACGCAACAAUGGGCAGUCAGGAGAUAAUGUCGUCAAAGGCUUAAUGAAGAAAUUUAUCCGCUGUUCUACUCGAGUGACCGUGGGAACUAUCAAAAAGUUUCUCAGCUUAAAAUUAAAACUUCCAAGUUCCUAUGAGCUGGAUGUACUAUGCAACGGAGAAAUCAUGGGGAAGGAUCAUACUAUGGAAUUCAUCUAUAUGACAAGAUGGAGACUAAGAGGCGAAAACUUUCGGUGUCAGAACUGCUCAUCUUCGCAAGUCUGCUCACAGGAUGGCACUUUGUAUCAGUCUUACCCUAUGGUACUUCAGUAUCGACCUAGAAUUGACUUCGGUUAGACCAAAGGGCCAGAUCCCACUGAGAUGAAUCCUGCACUAUUUGUUUACCCAUCGACAGAUUGCACAAUGAAUGGAUGUGCCUGGACUGGGGGGACACAGCCAGAAUUUCAGCAUGCAAAUAAGGACAUUGUCUCUCUUAAAAUUGUCAGUUGCAUCUCUGUUGUUUCUAUUAGAGCAAGCCAAGUGCCAUUCUGCUACUGAAAUGUGCAUAAGAUAUUUGUGUACCUUAAGAGUGUGCUGCAAAUCAUAGCCAAAAUCAUGAAGUGUACAGUCAAGACUCAAAACCUAUGGAAUAUUUUUGCUUGCGUGUUAGAAAUUUUUUCUGGUCCUAAUAUUGAUUACACUAGCAAAAUGGCAGAGUGCUCAUUCAUGUGGUGUUGCAGUUUCACACACUUACUAUUUUACUGAAUAUUGUUGUUUAAAUCAUAGAGUACUGUAAAAAUAACUAAGGAUUAUACCUUGACAAUAUUUUGUAUAGAAAAUAUAUUUAGAAAAGUGGUGAUUAGGCCACUAUCUUUUCCUUGAUAAGGUUCUCAUGGGUCCAGGUAUAGCUCACUCAUGAGUGUGCAACAGUCCUUUUGCAGUGAAUGAAGAUUAAUUACACUGAACAAGAGAUGUAGAACAUGAUAACUCAAAAUAGUAAUUUUAAAUCUUAAAAUUGCUAAUAUAGCUUGAAAGCAUUUUAGCCUUUGUGAUUGCACUUUCUGAUGGUUUCCCUGAAGUUUGGAAUUUGGGAUAUUAGCUAUUUUUGGAAAAAUGGCUUCUGGUCAGAUUACAUUUCUUCUAAUAAAACCUCCAUUAAAUGAAGGUAAAUUAAUACUAAUGUCUAUGGAACAACUUAAUUCUGCUACAAAAUUAUGACCAAGGCAAUUUUUUUCAUAAUUAUUACUUUUCAUAAUAAACAUUUCCUUUUAAGAUUGAAUAGAGGUCUAUAAUAUAGUAAGACAAAAAAAUAUAUAUAGUUUUAAUUACAUGCUGUAUCUCUUGUGACUAUCUGGAGUUUAGAAUUCAUUACAGAAAUUUUCACUAGCUAAAGUCACAUCA